CAAGCCGCAUAGCUUCAGAAGAUUUUUCAACAGGACCAUUGCCUUAUUGACGAAGGCCAAGAGUCGCCAUCAUAUCGCCGAUGACAUCCAAGACAUCAAGAAACGCAUCGAUGAUGUUUCCAAAAGGAAAGAAAGGUACAACUCUUUAGGUGCUGGAGUGCAGCCUGACACAGUCGAUAUUGAUCCACGCAUGCCAUCUCUCUACCAAGAUGCAGCAAAGCUCGUUGGCAUUGAUGGCCCAACACAAAAGCUUGUCGACUUGCUAACAAGAGAAGGUGUGAAAAAACAGAAGCUAAGGGUUGUCUCCAUUGUUGGGGUGGGAGGCCUUGGCAAAACAACCAUUGCCAAUUUCGUGUAUGAAAGAUUACAGGAACAAUUUGAGUGUUAUGCUUUUGUGUCGGUUUCACUUAAACCAGACAUGAAGCAGAUUCUUAGCAGCAUACUCCGGCAAAUUAGUAAAGACAAGUGUACUAAUGCUGGAGAAAAGGAUCGGGAUGAACUUCUAAGGAGCAUCCAGGAAUUCCUCGUCAAGAAGAGGUACCUCAUUGUAAUUGACGACGUAUGGAAUACGGAAGCAUGGGAAAUCAUCAAUUGUGCUCUUAUAGACAAGAAUGUUGGUAGCAGAGUUAUUGUAACAACACGUAACAUGGAUGUGGCUAAAUUCUCUUCAAUGGAUGGUGAUGUGUAUGAACUGGAUCCUCUCUCACACAAGGACUCCAGAAGGCUUCUUUGUAAAAGGAUAUUUAACGAAGAUAAUGGAAUUCAUUCUGAUCUGGAAGAGGUAACAAUGAAUAUUUUGAAGAAGUGUGGAGGGAUACCAUUAGCUAUCAUUACUAUUGCAAGUAUGUUAGCUAGUAUGCCCAACAGAACAAAGUACGAAUGGUAUCGUGUGUACAAUUCCAUGGGUUCUGGACUUGAAAAAUACAAGACAUUGGAUAAUAUGAGAAAUAUAUUACACCUUAGUUACAGUGACAUGCCAUCCUAUCUAAAGCCUUGUUUACUGUGUCUAAGCUUGUUUCCAGAGGAUUUCGAUAUUCCAAUGUUAGAUACUUUAGGACCAUCUAGCAGUAGAUCGGAGGGACUACUAACUGGUUCUUGA